AUGACCACUGGGCUGGAUCUUACGCCGAGGAGAUCCCGAGAAAGCACUUCAAAGGUUCGAACUGGAUGCAGCACUUGCAAAGCUCGUCGAGUGAAAUGCGAUGAAUUCAAACCUACAUGUCGACGCUGCGCUAUUGGAGAUCGAAAAUGCGUGUAUAACACCGCACGUCCAGCAGCGCCUCGAAUGGUCUUCACGCUAUAUGUACCUUCUACUCAAAUCCAACCGCUCUUCUUCGUAAAUGAUCGUGGCCUUGACUUCUUCCAUCGAAGUCUUGCUCCAAAGUUGGACGGACAAUUUGAUUCGCAGUUCUGGAGCAAGCUGGUAUUGCAAAUAUCACACUCCGAACCAUCAAUUCGGCAUGCCGUAUCAGCCAUCAGCAUCAUUUAUCGAGACGUUGAAUCGUCUCAUCCGGCAAGCUAUGUCGCUGCCAAUCCGGAAGCUCAAAAAGAAUGGAGGACAGCCUUGAGAAGCUUAUCAGCUCGAAUACAAGCGCACCCCAACUCGACCUUGGUACCUCUUGUCUGCUGCCUUCUGUUCACGUGUAUCGAGUUUCUCCGGGGCGCUGAUGAAUCUUAUUUGAUUCACGUUCAGAGUGGAUUGAACAUUCUAGCAGCUAUGCGCUAUGGCAGCGACGCAGCUCCCGGUCCAAGGGGGUCUAAUGUCUCGUCCGAUCUUAAUAUUAUCGAAGAUCACAUUGUUCCGAUGUUCUCGCGUCUGAAUGUACUCUGUUCUCUCGCUGGCAGACUGAAUCCGCCAGUAUACACUCCUACAGCUAAAGCAGACUCUCCCCACAAGGACUUUAGUGAUUCUCGACAACGGCUCUUUGAAGUCUCGGAUAAAUGCAUCCGAUUCAUACACGACGCAGUCCCCAAAGCAGCUUUGUUCCAAAUCGACGUCCAGGAUCUCGUUAAACAGGUCAAACUUCAAACAAGGCUAGACGCAUGGCGUGGCCAGUUAGACGAACUAUUUGAACGAAUGCAGGCUGCCGGUAACCCCGCGAAAGAGGACGCCCUCAACAUACUCAUGGUACAUUAUAAAGUCGUAUACAUAUGGCUGCGGGUCUGCAUUACAGCCGGGGAAUUGGCCACAGAUUCUUACCAUGCCGACUUCGAAGAUCUUGUGCAUUACGCGGAACAAAUCGCCAAGCCAAGCGUCGGAAUGACAACGCCGCAACCGCUUUCUUUUGACAUGCAAACCCUGGGGCCUUUGUACUUCACUGCGCUAAAAUGUCGCGAUCCUAUAAUACGAAGACGCGCGUUAGAAAUGCUGCAAUUGGCGCCUCGGCGAGAAGGACUUUGGAAUGCACAUUACGCAUACGUAACUGCGAAACGUGUUAUUGAACUGGAAGAAAGGGACCUCAACGGACAAGAAUUGCCACAUGAGACUUUGAGAGUACAUGGUCUUCCCUUGCCUGAUGAUGAUUCUCGGGUCUCUGCCUUGGGGGAUAUGCCUUUUGACUUUGGGAAGUUUGACCACAGUGUCGUAUCUGGCGCAGCUUGUCCUGGCAUCCUUAAAGCUGUGUUUCAGACAAAGCCUUGGGGGCUAUGGGGAGAGUGGCAGACGAUUACGGAGUAUAUCGAACUAUGA